AGCAAGAGUCUUUUUAUUUCAUUCGUUAAUCUGCAUUUGAGGGGAUUUGUUGUGGAGCCAAUUGUGUGUGAAAUAGCCCCAAUGGUUUUGUUUACGGAGGCCUAAAACGAACGAAGUGUUUUUUUUUGUGUUCAUAUUUAUUACAAAAGUGAUUAAAAAUUAAAUAACAAGCGCCAUUUACACACUCAUGACAUCGUAAUAAAGAAGUUUUAGACAAACGCAGCCAAAGUCGCCGCGCAAAAGAAUAUUAAACAUAUUCUUUAAAUUUAAGAAAUAUAAAAAUCAGUGCAAAAAACAAAAUGUUUAAAUUCAACAAACUCAGCAGUUGUAAAGUGCUGCUUCUACUCUGGGGUUUCUAUUACUGCCAAACAGUGGCGUACUCCAAGGAAGAUCCAUUAAUUACAGAGAAGGUCGCAACAACAGACGAGACUCUAGAUGCUAAAGUCAAAGUUUUUACAGUGGCCACAGAGCGAACGGAUGGCUUUUUGCGGUACAUACGUUCAGCCAAAGUCUACGAUAUAGAGGUUACCCCUCUGGGCCUGGAUCAAGAAUGGAAAGGUGGCGAUAUGGAUGGCCUAGGUGGUGGCUAUAAAGUCAAUCUCCUUAGGGAAGCCAUUAAAGCAUUUAAAGAUGAAAAGGAUACCCUGAUAAUGUUUACAGACAGCUAUGAUGUGGUCUUCACCACCCGCAUGUCGGAAAUUGUCCGAAAAUUCAAAGAAUCUGGUGCCAAAGUUUUAUUCUCGGCCGAAAAGUUUUGCUGGCCUGAUACCAAAUUGGCCUCUAAAUAUCCCACGGUUGAACCAAAGGCGUCGCCUUACCUUAACUCAGGCGCCUUCAUUGGCUAUGCCCCCCAGGUGUGGUCUUUGUUGGAAAAACCCCUGGGUGAUUUGGAAGAUGAUCAAUUGUAUUAUACUAAAACCUUCCUCGAUGAGACACUGAGAGAGAAGCUUGGCAUUAAACUGGAUACCGAAUCCAAAUUAUUCCAAAAUUUAAAUGGUGCCAAGGAUGAUGUUAAAUUGGAUGUAGACUUGGAAACCAAUAAGGGUACUUUGAAGAAUAUCAAUUUCUUAAGCACACCUAGUGUGAUACAUGGCAAUGGACCCAGCAAAGUGGAAUUGAAUGCAUUUGCCAACUAUUUGGCCAAUACAUUUAAUCGAAAAUGUUUGAUAUGCCAAGAGUAUCGUCUGGAAUUGCAAGAGAAAAACUUACCUGUGGUCUCCUUGGCCCUGAUUGGCAUUCAGCCUGUACCCUUUUUCGAUAUGUUCCUGAAUCAAACAGUCAAUUUGAAUUAUCCUAAAAAUAAAAUGCAUUUAUUCAUCUAUAGUGGUGUGGAAUAUCUGGAUGCUAUGGCCAAAUCACAUUUGAAGAAAUAUGAAAACGAAUAUUUGUCAGCGAAAAUAGUCUUGUCCACCGAUCAAUUUGAUGAAAGAAGGGCUCGCCAAUUGGCUGUACAACAAGCCAAACAAAAACAAAGUGAUUACAUAUUCUUCCUGGACGCCGACACACAUAUUGAUGAUGUUGAAGUUCUACGCGAGCUUUUGACUUUGAAUAAACAAUUCGCUGCCCCUGUAGUAACCAAAUACAAUGAGCUGUGGAGUAAUUUCUGGGGUGCCCUUUCCGAGGGUGGUUAUUAUGCUCGUUCUCCCGACUAUGUAGAUAUAAUCAAAGGUGAUAUAACCGGCAUGUGGAAUGUCCCUUAUGUCUCCAGUAUUUAUCUAAUCAAAAAUUCUGCCUUUAAAUACCUCAACUAUGAUCAUCAAUAUUAUGACCCCGAUAUGGCCAUGUGUGAUUCACUCAGAAAUGCGGGCAUCCACAUGUUCAUCAUUAACGAUCGCUUCUAUGGUCAUAUAGUCAAUGCGGAAAAUUUCGAUAUUACCGUAGCUCGUCCUGAUUUCUAUACACUGUUCACAAACAAAUUCGAUUGGGUCAAGAAGUACAUUCAUCCCAACUACAAGGAUCAAUUGGAGAGUAACCACACCGCUCUACAACCCUGCACCGAUGUUUUUUGGUUCCAAGUUGGCACUGAUGCCUUCUGUGAUGAUAUGGUGGCCAUUAUGGAGAACUUUGGCAAAUGGUCUGAUGGCAGCAAUAAAGAUGAACGCCUCGAGGGUGGCUAUGAGGCAGUGCCCACCAGAGAUAUACACAUGAAGCAAGUGGGCUUGGAUGCUUUGUGGUUGCAGUUUUUGAACUUAAUUGUAAGGCCGCUGCAGGAGAAAGUAUUUUUGGGUUAUUUUCACAAUCCCCCACGCUCGCUAAUGAAUUUCGUGGUGCGUUAUCGUCCCGAUGAACAGCCAUUCCUAAGGCCCCACCAUGAUUCUUCGACCUAUACCAUCAACAUUGCCCUUAAUACAGCUGGCGUUGAUUAUGAAGGUGGCGGCUGCCAUUUCCUGCGCUACAAUUGCUCGGUAACUGCCACCAAAAAGGGUUGGAUGCUUAUGCAUCCUGGCCGUUUGACACAUUACCACGAAGGUUUACGUGUGACCAAUGGCACUCGUUACAUAAUGAUUUCAUUUAUUGACCCCUAGGCCUGAUUCUCGUUUCCCUAUUUUGAUAGUCACGCACAAUGUAACCCAAAGAAUUCUAAAUAAUUUUCCCAAAUCGUUUUAAAAUAUCCUUAAACAAUACGAAUCUCUGCAUUUGUCAUUUGUCUCCAUUAGUUUGUAAGUUCAAAAAAUUCUAUUGAGAUUCCAUUAAACCAGGCAUCCUAUGCAACUAGGAAAAAAGUAUGUUUGGGUCAUAAUUAAACUGGAACUUCAUUCAUGCAUAAUUCCUAAGAUAAUGUUUUUUUUUCAACUACGGUUUGUGACCCCACCUUUGAAUUUAAUGUGGGUAUGCUUUUUUUCUUUGCAUAGAAUGCCAAACAUAUUACUUUUAUAUGAAAUUACGUUUUCUGUAAUGACUUGGACCUUUCGCAUAUACUCUUCCUUGUAGUCUUAAAGCAAUCAUUAUACAUUAUUGAAUGUAAAACGAAACGAAACAAAUCGAAUCUAUAUAUUUUAUAUAAAGAAACAUUAAUAAUAAUAAAAAAAAUAUAUAUUCAAAGUUUUGAAA